CUCCCCCAGCCCCUUACCCAUUCCUAUCCUUGACAUCAGAUCUGGCUGCUUAACAUGUCUGGAAUGUGAAAGCACCUAUCUCAGAGCUGGCGGGGCUCAGGGUGUGCUUGAAUUCCCAGGUUGGAAGAUUAUCUCACUCAGAAGAAUUUCUUGCAGAGAUAUAUAAGCUAAACUAGAUUGGGCUAUCUCAGUAAAGCUGCCUUGAGUAGUGGGUUGCAUCCUCACUUAAAGGAGUACCACACAGCACUGAUCAUUUUUCAAUAAGCUGACAGCAACAAUGAUGAUGCUAAGAGUAGAAGAGCUGGUGACAGGCAAAAAGGCAGAUGAGACAGGUGAUUUCCUGCCAGAGGACUUCAAAAGUGAAGAGUAUGAAGCUGCUGUGAGGUUGGAGAAACAGGAAGAUCUGAAGACACUCACAGACCCUUUGUUGACACGUCGCAAUCUGACCUAUGAAGAGGAGAAGGCUCUCCAAGCGGAGCUCAAGAAAAAGAAGUUAGAGGAAAGAUCAAAACUUGAAAACUUAGAAGAUCUUGAAAAAAUCAUUCAGCUAAAGAAAAGGAAAAAAAUCAAGAAGGUUAAAGUGCCUGUUUUGAAAGAUCCUGAGCAAGAAGUUGUAACGGAGCCUGUGGAUGUCCCUACAUUUUUAAGGGCUGCCUUGGAGAACAAGAUGCCAAUAAUUGAAAAAUAUUUAGCAGACAAAGGAGAUCCAGAUGCUUGUGAUGAGUAUAGGCGCACAGCCUUGCAUAGAGCAUGCUCAGAAGGACAUCUGGCAGUUGUGGAAAAGUUGGUAGAAGCUGGAGCCCAUCUUGAAUUCCAAGAUAUGCUUGAAUCAACAGCUAUUCAUUGGACAUGUCGUGGGGGCAAUGUGGAAGUCCUGAAAUACCUGCUAAACAAAGGAAUAAACAGAAAUGCUAGAGACAAGUUGCUCAGCAGUCCUUUACAUGUGGCAGUAAGGACAGGACAGUAUGACUGUGGGGAGCACCUCAUUGCCUGUGAAGCAGAUCUCAGUGCCAAAGACAGAGAGGGUGAUACUCCUAUGCAUGACGCAGUGAGGCUGAAUCGCUAUAAAAUGAUUCGACUCUUGAUCCUCUAUGGUGCCGACCUAAAUAUAAAGAAUGCUGAAGGGAAAACUCCAAUGGAUCUUGUGCUCCAAUGGCAAAAUGGCACCAAAGAAAUAUUCAACAGCCUAAAGGAGAACUCAUACAAGAGCACCCCUAUAGACACAUUUUGAAAACUAAACUCAAAACUUCUGCGGACUUACAGCUACUUAGCAAAAAUG